CCUCCCCCUCGGGCGAUCGGAUCGUUCCCCUCGCUCCCCUUUUGCGCAUGCGUGCUGGGGAUCGAGCCUGCGGCCUGGCUUGUUACCAGAAUCUCAAUGGCUUUCUUGAAUAGGCGACUGGGCUUGCUGUUAACCCAAGUAAACAGAGCAGUCGAGCAGCGGCACUUCAGCAUCACUGGAGCAUGCAGUGCGAUACAGAAACUGACCCGCGUGCGAGUGGUGGACAACAGUGCCUUGGGGAACACGCCGUACCAUCGGCCGCCCAAAUGCAUCCAUGUGUAUAACAAGACUGGAGUUGGUAAAGUGGGGGAUAAAAUUCUCCUGGCUAUCAAAGGAGAAAAGAAAAAGGCUUUAAUUGUAGGUCACAGGAUGCCUGGCCCUUGCAUGACACCUAGAUUUGAUUCCAACAAUGUGGUGCUCAUCGAAGACAAUGGAAACCCAACCGGGACUAGAAUAAAAACCCCAAUACCCUUGAUCCUGCGGAAGCGCGAAGGAGAGUUCUCUAAAGUGUUGGCCAUUGCCCAGCACUUAGUGUGAAGACUAUGAAAGGUCUCAGGCUGUCCUGCUGCAUGAUCUUUGAAAGAGUAAGUGUUCCAUAUGGUUCCACUUAACCUAGAAGAGGAUCCAAGGAGAACUGAGGUUCAUCGGGAGACUGGUCUUCUACUUGUGAAUUAAGAUCUACAGCUGAAUAAAAGAUUUUUAAGACA